GAGCAAAGUAUUUUACGAAAAAGGAAGGCAGGAUGCUAUAGUGAGGGGUGUUCGGGGUCUCUGGUGAGUUAGCAGACGAAAUGCCUCAAAAACUUGAGUUGCUUGCUUUUGAAUGUCGACCGUGACGGUCGCGUCUUGCGUUCGCCGUGUACUUUCUCGUGCUCCUCAUCCCAAUUCUGGAUGGAGCCACAUUACACGACGGGCUAAGUCCGAGGUCGCUUCUACCUCUGGAACUAACCUCCCGAAACCACGUCUAAAUUACCGCGACAUUGCAGAUAAUGCUGUCUUCAAGUCUCAUAAUGCCUUCAAUCGAAAGGCGUCUCUACCUAUUGGGGCGAUACAGGCUAUCGACAAGCUGUAUUCUCACCAGAAACAGUUAACGCUCACACUCAAUUCCAAACGGAACGAACGGUCUUUACUCGGGGAUCGAAUACGUGAAGUCGCAAAAGAUGCUGAGGCAAGGAACACUGCUCUCAAAGCAGCCAAAGCUUUGAAGGACCAGAUAACUGACUUGGAAGCGAAGUUGGAGGAGAUCGACGAUGAGUUAUUCCGUCUUGCCAUCGCGGUGCCAAACGACACACAUCCUGAAGUUCCCAUCGGUCCUGAAUCUGUUGCAACAGUACUCUCGCACCAUGGUCCUGAACCUAUACCUGCUUCCCCAAGUAGGGAUCAUGUUGACAUUGCUCGUGCUCUAAACCUUGUGGACUUCCAAGCCGGUGCUACAGUCACUGGAACUUCGUGGUAUUAUCUCAUUAAUGAGGGCGCCUUACUCGAAAUCGCACUUGUCAACUAUGCUUUAAGUAUCGCUAGCAAAUAUGGUUUUACACCAGUGACGGUGCCGGACGUCAUUCGUGCAGACAUUGCACACCGAUGUGGGUUCCAUCCUCGAGACCAGGAGGCUGAUCAAAUGUACCGAAUCGCCAACAUUGGUUCCUCAGAUGCACCCGAGCUCGUUCUGGCAGGGACAGCCGAGAUUCCUCUCGCGGGGAUGUUCGCAAACAAAAUCUACAACGACCAUGACUUACCCAGGAGAGUUGUCGGCCUGGGUAGGGCCUUUCGUGCAGAGGCUGGGGCACGCGGAGCUGAUACCAGGGGAUUGUAUAGAGUCCACCAGUUUACCAAGUUGGAAUUGUUUGCUGUUACUGCUGAAGAGAAGAGUGAUGAGAUAAUGGAGGAGUUCAGAAAGAUUCAGGUCGAGAUUUUUGAGGGAUUGGGUUUCCCAUUUAGAGUCUUAGACAUGCCCACUGAGGAACUUGGCGCUUCCGCAUACCGCAAGUACGACAUGGAGGCGUGGAUGCCGGGACGCGGUUCCUGGGGUGAGAUUUCCUCCACGUCCAACUGCACAGACUACCAGUCGCGCCGGAUGCACAUUCGCUAUCGAAAACAGGUCGAUGACCCUAAGCAACCCACCCAGAUUCCGUUCGCUCAUACGUUGAAUGGCACGGCAGCUGCGGUUCCGAGGUUGAUCGUAGCAUUGUUGGAGAAUGGCGUUCGGUUUGAUGAGGGGAACGUUGCGGGUUUGGAUUUACCAAAGAUCCUGAGGCCUUUCUGGGUUGGUGGGAGUGGGAGGGACAUUAUCCGUUGGGUCUGAAACCUGAGGUGUUGAGGCGCGUGCGGUAUCACCUUGAGAUGUGCUCUCAUAAAAAGGGCCAUCUUCAUCUCAUUGCAAUAUAGUCGGUACAUUCGUCGUAUAUUUGCAUUGGAAAUGACAGUGCAACGCGGGGUUAUCACGCGUCAUCAAGCUUUUCUAUCUCGCUCACUAGGUUCAUGUGCUUCGUCGUACCUUCUGACGUCUUCUAAAGUCCGUCGCUUUCGGCCUUGAGUAUAUGAAUAUUAUGGCACCAGUGACACGCUCACAUUCACUGCUCACCUUACUGCGAGUGAAGCGAUUGAGCUGAAGGAGGUCAGACAAUUGAACGUGCGCCUACUGAUCGAAAGAUCUCAAG